GUGCCAUGUCGCACAGAGAAGUGCAGUUUGCACGAUAAAAUUCACUCGAAACUUCAUUUGUAUGUCAAUUAACUAAUGGAAACCACAAUGGAAAGUACAAAUAUGGUAAAAUAAGCGAUUUGUGGAAACUGCUUUCGCUGAAAAUACUUGGUUGUUGGUUGGUUUGUGAUUAAACUGCGAAUGGCCAACGGAUCUUGACAAGGCAUCGAAUUCCUCUACACUAUUUAAGGUUCAUUGACGCCCUGGAGCAUCUCCUUUCGAGAUAAAGCACAAACUGAUAGUCAGAAAAAAUGGAGAUGAAUUCCCGUGAUGAAACCAUGCCAGCGCCAACUUUCCUUCCUGGUGAAAUCAUGGUUGCUAGAGCCAAAAACGUUCUUCGAUUCAGUGCAAUGACUGAAAGCAAAUCAGGGAUCUCAGGAGCUCUUUAUGUCACUAACUUUCGGGUAUCUUUCUUAACAACAAAUUCGUCAACAGAUACACCGCUUAGUUCAGUCUUCCAAUCAAAUCCAGAUCUGUCCCAGGGUGGAAUAAAUGCUGAUAUACAACAAGAAUUGCACAUACCGCUAACCUGCAUCCAGAAUCUCUUUUACUGUACAUCAAAAGGAAAUGCUAAAUAUAAAAAACUUGGUCCAAGCAAGAAGGAUAUUUCCAAGAUACAGAGAAUGCAGAUCCAUUGCAAAGACUUCAGAGUAAUGGACUUUGGUCUCAAGUUCACCCCCAAAAAAGAACAAGCACAAAUUGCCAAUGCAAUCCUCCAUUAUGCUUACCCUUCUUCCAUGUCGCUGCUAUUUGCAUUCAACUACAGUACGUCGCUUUCUAAGCUUGCUAGUGAUGAAAGCAGGGUUAAAGGAGUCACCCCUAGUUUCAGAACACUUCCUGAUUGGUUAAAUGAGUUAUCAAGGUUAAAUGUUGAUGAUACCUGGCGAAUAGUUAAUGUAAAUGACAAUUUUAAGACUUGUCCGAGUCAAUCACAGUUUUUUGUCUGCUUGUCACCAUUAACUGAUUCUGACAUAAACCGCAUGUCGCUUCAUUAUAUUGAAUCGCGUUUUCCYAUUUGGUGCUGGAGUCACCCCACUACUGGUGUCCCUAUUCUUCACAGUGCUUCAGGACGACCAGACAGUAUUUUCUUAGAAAAAGAAGAAACKUCCUUGUUCCGUGCGUUGUCAACCCUUCCCUGUAAUCCAGAGCACAAAGAAGUCAUGGUUGUUGAUUUGUCCAAGACCUGUCCCACUAUAAGAGAUCUUGCACAAAGUUUUCUCAAAAUACAUGAGUUAUGUGUUAUGGAAACUAACAAGGCUUUCUGGAACAUUGAUCCCACAUGGCUGUCAAGUCUGGAUGCAACACGAUGGUUGGAGUAUUCGCGUCAGUCUAUUGAGUCAGCAGUUAAGGUUGCAACUACUGUCUGUGAAGAUGGUCGUCCAGUAAUAGUGAAGGAGCUCAACGGCAGAGACAUGGUUCUUGUUGUUGCUUCACUGGCUCAGUUGAUUGUUGACAGCUACUAUCGCACAAUACGUGGCUUCCAGACUCUCAUCCAGAAGAUGUGGGUUCUCUGUGGACAUCCAUUUGUGCGACGAUGUGGCCAUAUUAAACCAUUUACCAAGGAAAGCGAGAAAGACGUCGAACAAGAAGCUCCUGUGUUUCUUCACUUUCUCGAUUGUGUUUACCAAUUGAUGAAUCAGUUUCCUUCAGGUUUUGAGUUCUCUGAGACAUAUCUCUUGGGAUUGUUUGAUAGCAUGCAUGCUUGUAUGUUCGACACGUUUCUCUUCGACUGCGAGGAACAGCGAAGUUCUCUUUCAAAAGCAGAGCUUGGCGACAUCCCUAUGGCCUCCCUAUGGGAUUUCUUAGCAGAGCAGUUGUCUAACUCCAAAACUUCAGCAACGUUUUUAAACCCGCUGUACGAGCUAAAAUCAUCCACGCACAAAGCUGAAUCUGAUAGCAAAACGACUUCAGAGGACGCCAAAGAGAUGUAUUCGAAAGUUAACCCCUCUGCGCCCGCCAUGAAGUUCUGGUCCGGAUGCUACUUAAGGUGGCUGCCAACAGUCCAUGUCAGUAUCGGCAUGGGUGAAAACUCGGCYUCUCAUUACCAACAAAUGAUUCUUAUGAAUGAAGUUAAAGUGUUGAGACACCGUAUGGCGGUGUUGUGUAGUGAUCAGAAAGAAGGUGACGAAGGGGAUGGAGUCACACAAGAAACGGACGGGAUGUAUUGGGAUACAGACGUGAACUUCAGCUUGGACUURGAGACAAGCAAAUUGCUCACCCCGAGUUUGCCUUUCAUCGGAGAUUUGUCAUUUAAUAAGUACUCCACGGGAGAGCUUACUCAGCCUGUCUUAGAUAAGAGCGAGGAAUUAGAUUCAAAGUUCUAAUUUUCAAUUGAAAAGUUGUUGAAUUAUCCUACACAACAUCGUUUAUUCUUGUUGGCCUUUUUGAAAUUUUAAAGGGGACUGGGAACAAGCAUGAAAAUACGCCACUAAAAACUGCACCAAACCAUAUAAAAGACCGUACAGUUAUUGUGAUUUUCAAGUUUGAGUUUGAGUAUUCUCAUAGAAGGACAAAUUUAUAUCUAAUCGCUUGCCACUUUGUAAUUAUUCAAGCGAAUGCUCUCAAACUCAAAAACUAUUCGAAUUUUAGUAUGCUCUUUCUCGUCAUGGAAUCCGUUCCUCGCGAUUGCUUCAAACUGCAUCGAGUGUGACUAGUUACCAGUCCCCUUUUAAAUUUCGGAAUGGCCAUUAAAAAAAAGAAAAAUAUUUUUCAUGGAGUUUUAAUGCUUUCUUUAUUCCAUAAUUUUUAGAAUCAUUGUGCAUAAUAACUGAUUCAUUAAUAAACAUAUUGGAUUUCAAGGUGAA